GUCCGUACCCCACCCGUCACUUCCAUCAGGCAGGACCUCCAACAUGGCAGGUGCCGGAGAGUGGGAAUUAGUGGUGAGAGGCUCGAAGAAGAGUAAAACGGUUGCAAAUGGCAAACUCAACAAGGAAGAAAAGAGGCAGUUUAUGGAGAAGGCGUUGCGGCUUACAGAUACAGGACGAAUUGAGCCAGCAAGAGAAGGUAAAGAAAAUCGUAAACCUGCCUCUCCGAAGGUAAAGAAUGAACAGAAAAAUGACCAGAAGAAGAAAAAACCAGAGAAGAAAAGUAACAGUGUCCGUCAGCCUGGUACUUUGGAGGAAGCUAUACGCAAGCUGAAUGUAGCAGAGAUGCAGAACCUUCUUGAUGUUGUGACUGCAAGAUUCUUGGAUACUCCGCUGAUUUGGCUGAAGGAUUUAGCUUCCUACUUGAAUGUUCGCAUAAACCCAAUACAUAUGCCAGAUCCAACAUUCAAGGGGAAGCCAGAUUCAUAUCCCACUUCACUUGUGUCUUCUCAAGUUAAAAAGCUGUUGCUACAGACCCUCUCCGGUUGCAAUGACAAGGUGCUUGCAGCAUUCCACAAACACUGUGUAACAUCCAUGGUGCAGGAACAAGUGAAGGGGUUAAGUGUAGCUGGAUACAAAGUUUUCAUUCAGAUCAUGUCAAUGCACCGUCCACAUAUAUGUGUAGUGAACUUGCCAGCAUAUUGUGAGUUGCGUCAGAGUUUUCAGUCCCAAACACCCACUUGCCUCUCCUUACUAUGGGCUAUUGGACAGGCAGGGAUUAAUGACUUCAAUGUUGGUUUAAAAGUAUGGCUUGAAAUGAUGGUGCCAAUGAUUGGUUUGAAGAACUACUCCUCAUUUGUGGUAGACUAUGGGAGUAGUGUGUUUGGGGGAGGAGGCGGUGGUGAAGGUGAAGACAGUACAAAAGUCUUGGGAGUGCGAGAGUUUUUCUCCAUUCUAGACUUCACUUGGUGCAACUCAGGGUCACUAUCAAAACCAAUCCAAAGACAACUUUUUGCUCUCUAUCCAAAAGUGAAGACCACUGCCUUUAGUUCACGUCCAGAAGUAACUCUGCGUAAUUUCUUCCCCUCCUUCCUGCGACGACUCGAUCCAAGUGCACCACAUCUGUUAAGAGUGGAGUUGCUAACCUGCUUGGUUCAGUGCCUGACACAGGACCCACAUUGCUGGAAAACUUGGUCACAGAUGUACCUCAAGCAUAUGCCUCAGUCUGCUCUGCUACUCGUCCAUUUAGGUAAAGAAUGGAAGAUUUUAAGUCAGAGUUUGCGUAUUAAGAGACAAGAGGUACUGGAGACGAUAGAAGGAUUUGCUUCUGCAAAUGAAAAAAUGUUACAGAAAGCAGCUGCAGUAGCUGGAACUAGAGAAGCUAAUAAAGCAACAAAGUUUUUGCUGGAGGAGAUGAAAGUAGCAAAAAAGAAAACAUCCCGACCAUAUAUGACAAAGCUUUUGGUUAUACUUCUUGUAACAGUUAUUGUCUGGGAUAUAAGAAGUGCAGGAUCUUUUUAUGGAUCAAAGAUUGGCCAGGUAUUCGAGAGGCUUGGACUCGUGCCAUAUAUUGAGGUUGUUGGGAGAACACUGAAAAAGUUGUUUGUUCAGUCGUACAAAUGGUCUAUACUAAACAUUCCACUAUACUAUGGUCGUGGGUGUGAACUGGCUGGACCGUACUUACUGCUGGUUCUAGCUAAAGCAGAGGCAGUGUGGGGCUAUAUAAUGAGUGGAGUUGAGGCAACUUCAGAAUACCUCCCUGUCAUUAAAACAAAAUUGGAUACUGCCAUCCCUGGAUUAAGCGAGUCUUUAAUCUACUACGGAAGUGCUGUUUUUGAAGGUGUCUGCUCGCUUGCAUCUUCCGUUGGAAAUACUGCUAGACCCUACUUGUUAAAUUUUCAAGAAUUAAUGAUGUCACGAGUAUUUGUAGGCCCCUUAUCCCCAGAAAAUCUAUACCAGUAUGUUGUUGGAGCGUUUGACAAAGUGUCAGAAGUCAUUCUCAGAGUCCAUACAAACCUUCUCAUGGCUUUAGAUGAUAAAGCGCAUGUUAGUAGUAAGACUGUGUAACAGUUUAGUAAGUGGAUUGUAAAUGAGAAAGUUGUAGGGCUACAAAUUUAUCAAUGGGUUUUGGGAUACUGUUAAAUAUCUUUUGGUGUAAUGCUUUUGGUUAGUGAAGAAAAUUUGGGCCUCUGUUAUCUAUAGAGGGUUACACUUGACAGGGAUAUAUUACAGUUCGUUGGAAAUUUGGUGCCAGUAAGGUGCAGAUUAAGAAUUGAAUACUAUUUUGAGAGUUAUCAUAACCAAUUUAUUUUUAAGUGUAUGCUGCCAGAACCUACGUACUGGUGCAUAUAUUUUUUGGUUCGUAAACAGCAUUGGUUACAGUCCUUACAAUCCAUUUAUAUCUUUUGAAAGUAACUUGUGCCUUAUUGUUACCAUUUGAUAUUUACAUAUUUAUUGCCAUAUUAUAUGUAUUGAUGUAUUUAAACUCAUUUGCAUAAGGUAGGUAAUUUAAAGAAUUAGUUCAUGUAGUGUUAUUGGCACCUAGUACACUUCAGUGGUCACUUUCUGGAAGAACAAUAAGAUCACUGUGUAAGAUGUGUAAAUACAUUUUUAGGUGUGAAGCAAAUUAUUAUUUUUAUCAAUAAAAUGAGUCUGUUCUUACAGGAAAUUAAAUUUGACAGAUUUUGAUAUGAAAUCAUUCAUAAACAGUUUCAUUGCGUAAUUUGUUGACACUGUUGCUCAAUACUGUUACAUACAUGUCACACUUUAUUAGUGGAAUGAUCAGUUUUGUAUUGUCAUAAAAAUGUGCAUGGUGUUGUGAAUAAUUGUGCUGGUGUAGUUGGGAUAUUGUGUAGAUGAACACCAAUGCUUUUUGAAGAGAAGUUUUGUGAUGUUAAACUACAUUAUCCCAUGCUGUUCUAGAAGUGAGAAGAGAUAAGAAGGGAAUUUCGGGAUCUGGUUUAAUCUAAUGUUUUGUAAGUUGGUUUCUUGAUCUCAUUUCAUGCCUUCUUUACUGCUCCAAUUGAAAAUAAUAAUAAAAAACAUUUUUGUAAUAUUCUGUACACCAUAAGACAAAUAAAUUUCUUUCUCCCAAA